AUGCCCCUGCUGCCUAGCACCGUGGGCCUGGCAGGCCUGCUCUUCUGGGCUGGCCAGGCAGUGAACGCCUUGAUGAUGCCUAAUGCUACCCCGGCCCCAGCCCGGCCCGAGAGCACAGCUGUGCGGCUCCCGAGUGGCCUGGGGGUGCCCAGGUACCGCCAGAGGCGCCACAUCUCUGUGAGAGACAUGAAUGCCUUACUGGAUUAUCACAACCACAUCCGGGCCAGCGUGUACCCACCUGCUGCCAACAUGGAAUACAUGGUCUGGGACAAGCGGCUGGCCAGGGCUGCCGAGGCCUGGGCCACCCAGUGCAUCUGGGCACAUGGGCCUUCACAGCUGAUGAGAUACGUGGGCCAGAACCUCUCCAUCCAUUCUGGCCAGUACCGGUCCGUGGUGGAUCUCAUGAAGUCCUGGUCUGCGGAGAAGCGGCAUUACUUGUUUCCCGCCCCGAGGGACUGUAACCCACGCUGCCCCUGGCACUGCGACGGCCCCACCUGCUCCCACUAUACCCAGAUGGUGUGGGCAUCCUCCAAUCGGCUGGGCUGCGCCAUCCACACCUGUAGCAGCAUCAGCGUCUGGGGCAACACCUGGCAUCGGGCAGCAUACCUGGUCUGCAACUACGCCAUUAAGGGCAAUUGGAUUGGCGAGGCCCCGUACAAGAUGGGAAGGCCGUGCUCCGCCUGUCCCCCCAGUUACCAAGGUAGCUGCAAUAGCAACAUGUGCUUCAGUGGGCUGAAAUCCAACAAGCUCCCGUGAUUCUAAAUUUUCUCUGGGCUUUGGUGUGCCGCCAGCUGGGCCUGACCCUCCAUGUCCUGCCCUCAAAAAACUGGGGGGAGAAAUAAUUUCUUCUUUAAAGGAGAUGAGUUAGAAUUACCCCCUAUUUAAUUUUCCCUCCUAGAUUCCCUUUCUUAAAUGUCCAACAUGGGUCAAAAGAAAAUGACCUCCUCGCCUUCCUUCUUUCCUAGUUGCAUCUUUCUUUUCUUGGGCCUCCGGGAAAGAGUCCUGCAUCUUUCAUUAAUUCAGUUCUCAGAGAACCAAGGCUGGAAGGCAUAGAACUGGCACCUUAGGACCAGGCAUAAUGGCUCACACCUAUAAUCCCAGCAUUUUGGGAGGCUGAGGUGGGAGUAUCACUUGAGUCCUGCAGUUGGAGAACAGCCUGGAAAGCAUGGCAAUACCCCAUCUCUAUUUAAAAACAAACAAACAA